AUGCAGCACCCUGAACAGUUCACCGGAGAUCAGAUACUUUUCACGAGAAGCCAUAUCGCCCGUUUCUACAACUACUCUGGAGAUACAAGCAGCGUCGACACGGACAUCCUUAGAGAUUAUAAUCUAGGCGUCGAGUCAUUGGCCCGUGUUCGUGAUAAAGAUCCAAGAAGAAGCAUAGAACGUCUUCCAAACGAAAUCUUGAUCGCCAUCAUCCAGAAGGCAGCUUGGGUCGGAUACCGUGGAUACCAUCGAGAGCUACUGGUCCUUACCUUGGUCAAUCAUAGAUGGGCGCAAUUGAUUCUCCAGACGCAAUCCUUCUGGUCUCGUAUCUCCUUGGAAGAGAAUACAGAAGACCUCGAGGCAAUGACGGCCGUUAUACUCGAGCUCUCGGGAGAUUGCUCACUGGAUCUGACUUAUUGUGCGGAAUCUGAUAUUAUCCGUAAGGUUGCUCAUCUAAUUCAGCCUCAUAUUCAUCGUGUCGCGCAUUUACAACUUCUAUGGCAGUACCAUAAUCCUGCACGCAACCUUACAACGGACCCAUUCUUCCCCCAUACCGUAUUUCCAUCUCUACGGGAGAUUACCACACACUAUAUACCUCCCGAGAGCAUCCUUCUAUGGUUUUUGCAUCACAAGGCAUGGUCCCCCUACAAUUAUGUGAUAGAAGGCGACUGUUUCUAUAUCAAUUUGAAGGUCAGAGAGGAAUCCCUAGUCUCUUUUCAUUCAAAUAUGCUAUCUAUGGCGGCUGUUCAGCGUCUCGAAGACAUUAUGACGCUCCAGGAUGUUGGUAUCUUCGGACCGUAUGAAGCGUCGGGGGAUUCGUCAAUCAUCAUUGAAGAGAGACGACACCUCUUGGGCUGGGAGAAGCUCUUCAUUAGCAACUUUCCCUGGAAGGGGGUUCGAGGGAUACUUGGUCGUUGUACAGCGCUUGUCUCGUUGACACUUAUGAACAUUGAUAAGACAGCAACGCCAGAACUGGUCGAGAUACUAUCGAGGCUUAUUUUCCUUGAGGACCUUAGCAUAGACUUAUACGGGCAUACGGCACUGGAGACGUCGGCCAUAUCUAGUGGUCAUGAUAACUACAAAACCAGGAUCCGGACAAUAAACUUGAGUCUAACUUCAGAUAUAUCGAAUGUCGAAAUCACGGGCGAUAUCCUGCCUUUACUCCUUCGUAUGUCUCCACGACUAGAAUCUCUAUCGCUAACCAGGUGUCGUGCAAACAAACUCGACUUUGCCGAGAUCGAUAAGCUCAAAGAUUUGCGAAAACUUCAACUAGACGGUUGCGAGUCUACUUUUGAACCAAACACUACUAGGCAUAUAUUGGCCUGCCCGAAAUUGGAGAUGGUUUGGAUUGCAGGAUCUAUCGAUGCUCUUAAUUCAUUGGGAAGUACAAGUACAAGUAAACUGGAUUACGGACCUCUAAUGAUGGAGUCUUCGCCGAUCAUCGAAAUCACCGGACGUGAUUGGCCUUCUUUACGGAGUCUGAGUUUGCACAUGAAUUCUGUCAUGGUAUAUGGUCUCGAUGCAUUGAGGCAACUAUCACUGUCGCGCCAACCCCUCGUUACAGACAUGAUUCACUAUCUAGCGAUGCAUCCCAACGAGCUUCCUUUACUCGAGACGCUCAUUUUGCAAACCUGUCCCGAAUGGGAUAUCCUCUUUAUUUUGCUGGAGAAGCGGCUACUCACGCAGACACAGGGGGUCAAGCCUAUCGAGAAUUUGAUAUUUCAUAGGCUGAUUCCAAAGAGAAUUAAGCAUUCACUUGCUUUGCUUCUCGCGGGACACGUCGUCUCUCGACCGUCAAACUACGAGCUUUCCAUGCAGGGUAACCUGGGUAUCUUCCUAGAUGCAGAUAUCCCCGGAUGCGUCGAGUGUCACAGGUACCUUUAUCCUUGCGAACUGAAGGUGCUUCAUACGUCUCCUGUCUGGUCAGAGCCGACCAUCGAUUAUCCCUCGGGAGUCGACGAGAUACUCAGAACGUGGGAUAUACGCUACGUGCAGGUUGAGCAUAUAUAUAAUCCCGGGUACGAUCUUUCUCACCGAAAAUUCGACUGUGGACGCUUUGGGGGCUUGCUAGAGGUUUCUCGAUACUCCGCAGAGGAUUGUCUGUUGUUCAAGCAGUGA